AUGACGGAUUUGGAACGCCUGAUCAAACUCCUCAGCCAGACGGAUGGUCGGGAUAAAAUCUACAAGUUUCUCGCCGGUUUCUUCCGUAUCCUUGCGGAUGUCUCGGAUGCCCAGGACCCCAACGUGAAGGCGUACAAGGCGAUCGGGAACUCCAUCGGCGGCGCGCGGUCGUUGAUGCGGAUGGGCAAGUUCGUCGGGGACGUACCCAAGCUGGAGCAGCUGAUCCACGGCUUCCACGCCAAGGGCCUCCACGGGACGGAGCUCAAGCGCCUGGUGGAGUUCCUCCGCGUCCUCGCCAACUCCCUGUACAUCCUCGGGGACAACGUCGCCUUCGUGGCGAAGCACCGGCUUGUCCCUCUGAACGCCGCCGCGGUCACCACGCAGGCGAAGUUCGCCCAGUUCUGGGGCUUCUUCCUGGCCGCCGUCCUGGACCUGCUGGCCCUCCGCGCGGCCCUGAAGAAGCGCCUGACCGACCUCGCCCUCUGCAAAAAGGAGGCGAAGGGGGCCAUCAUCAACCUCACCCGGGACGCCUCGGAUGUCCUCGUGACGAUGGCGAGCGUGGGGUACCUGCGGGAGGUGUGGAGGCCGUCGAACGUGACGCUCGGCGCCCUCACGUGCGUUUCGGGCUCUGUCGCGACCUACCUGAACUGGAAUAAGAUCGCCUAA